AUGGUAAAUAAAAAAUAUACUUCUGGUCAAAAUGAAAAUGAAAAGUUAAUGGAUAGAAUUGAAAAAUUAGAUUUAAGUGAGUCAAAUAUUUUAAACAAUGAUUUUAUUACAAAUGAAUUAAGAAAAGUCUAUCCGGAAUAUAACAGAAAACCAUUAAAAGGAUUUAAACAAUUGGUUGAAAAAGCAAUGAACCAGAUUAUUAAAAACCUUUCGUCUUGUGAAUCAUCAGAGAACGAAGAUGGUGAUAAUAAAAUGGAAGAAUCAGAUGGAGAUGAUGUAGAGAUAAUUUCACCACCACUACCACCACCAUCAUCAAAUAUUUUAAAUGAACAAUUAACAUCACAAUACAAACAAAAUAUUAAAAAUACACCACCAACAACAACAACUACAACACCAGCAAAAAGAAAUAGAGAUGAAAAUAUACCAUCAAAUGUAAAUAGUAAUAAUAAUAAUAAUAAUAAUAAUAAUGCAAUUAAUAGUAAUACCACAACAAAUAAUGUAAAUACACCAAACUCAAAACCAAAAAAGAAAUUAAAGAAUAGUUCAAAUGGUAAUAAUGUAUUCCAAUUUUCAAAUAAUAAUAAUAAUAAUGGUAAUAAUAAAGAUAAUAAUUUAAGUAAUGGAUUAAUACCAACAAUUAAUUUUUCAAAUCUUGGUGGUGUUGAAUCAUGUUUAAGAGAUAUUAGAGAACAUAUUGAAUAUCCAAUUUGUCAUCCAGAGAUUUACUCACAUUUAGGUGUUGAACCACCAAGAGGUAUUUUAUUACAUGGUCCAUCUGGAUGUGGUAAAACCUUAUUAGCAAAAGCAAUUGCAGGUGAAUUAAAAGUACCUUUGUUUGCAAUAUCUGCAACUGAAAUUACAAGUGGUGUUAGUGGUGAAUCUGAAGCUAGAGUUAGAACAUUGUUUAGCAAUGCAAUUGCACAAGCACCAUGUAUCAUUUUUAUCGAUGAAAUUGAUGCAAUCGCUCCAAAAAGAGAAUCUGCUUCAAAGGAUAUGGAAAGAAGAAUUGUAUCACAAUUAUUAACUUGUAUGGAUAGUUUAAAUUAUUUAUCAUCUAACAAUUCAACAAAUGAACCAAAUGAACAAACUGAGCAACAACAACAACAACAACAAGAUAUAAUUGAAGUUGAUUCACAAGCAACUACAACAACUACAGCAUCAAAUAAUAAUAAUAAACAACAAAAAAAUGAUUUUAAAAAAGGACAUGUAAUUGUAAUUGGUGCAACAAAUAGACCAGAAUCAUUAGAUACAGCAUUAAGAAUUGGUGGUAGAUUUGAUAAGGAAAUUUGUUUAGGUAUACCAGAUCAAACAGCAAGAUGUAAAAUAUUAAAGGUUAUUACAUCAAAGAUGAGAUUGGAGAAUAAUUUCGAUUAUGAAGAGAUUGCAACAUUAACACCAGGUUAUGUUGGUGCAGAUAUUAAUUUAUUAGUUAAAGAAGCAGCAACCAAUUCAGUAAAUAGAAUAUUUACAAGUAAUUUAAAUGGUGCAUCAUCAUCAUCAUCAUCAUCAUCAUCAUCUACUACUAAUAUAAACAAUAUUGGUUUAUCAACAGAAUUAUUAAUUUCAAAAGAACCAUUAGAACCAGAGAAAUUGAAUAGUUUAUAUAUUGAAAUGAUUGAUUUUAAAAAAGCAUUGAAAAAAGUUGUACCAGCAGCAAAAAGAGAAGGUUUUGCAACUAUUCCAAAUGUUACAUGGGAUGAUGUUGGUGCAUUAAGUGGUGUAAGGGAGGAGUUAACCAAUUCAAUUCUUAGACCAAUUAGAUAUCCAAAGAAAUAUAAAAAUAUGGGUAUUGAUUCGCCUGCCGGUGUUUUAAUGUAUGGUCCACCAGGUUGUGGUAAAACCCUAUUAGCUAAAGCAAUCGCAUCAGAAUGUCAAGCUAAUUUCAUAUCAGUUAAAGGACCUGAACUUUUGAAUAAAUACGUUGGUGAAUCUGAACGUGCCGUACGUCAAGUAUUCCAAAGGGCAGCAGCAUCAUCACCAUGUGUUAUCUUUUUCGAUGAAUUUGACGCAUUGGCCCCAAAAAGAGGUGGUGGUGAUGGUGGAGGUAACCAAGCUACUGAAAGAGUUGUAAAUCAAUUACUCACAGAAAUGGAUGGUUUAGAGAAACGUUCCGAAGUAUUCAUAAUUGCUGCAACCAAUAGACCUGAUAUUAUCGAUGCUGCAAUGUGUAGACCAGGUCGUCUUGAUAAAAUGGUUUAUGUUCCAUUACCAUCACCAGAGGAAAGAUGUGAAAUCCUUAAAACUCUCACUCAUAAGAUUCCAAUUCACCAAGAUGUUGAUCUAAUUAAAGUUGGUACCGAUCUUCGUUGUCAUUCAUUCUCUGGUGCUGAUCUUUCAUUAUUAGUUAAAGAAGCAGCAAAUCAUGCUAUUAGUCGUGGUUUCGAUAAUAACUCUACUGAACCAGAUACUGUAACAAUGGAAGAUUUCAUUUUCGCUCUCUCUAAAAUUAAACCUUCCGUUUCCAGAAAAGAUGAAUUAAUGUAUGAUAAAUUAAAUAAUGACAUUAAUAAAUCUAGAGAUAAAAAACCAAAUAAUUCAAAUAAUAUUCCAAUAACAAAUAAUAUCCCAAUAACCAAUAAUAAUAAUAAUAUGAUAAUAAAUUAA